UAUCCGUCAGGUCCCAGGUCUUGCGGGAGGAAGUCGGGUGAAGGAACUGCGUUAGAUGGUUGUGACAUCCCCUGCCCCCCGUUUUCAAGGCAGAACUUUCAUGCCUUUGGAAACGAGGGAUCCAGAAGAGCCCUGACUGUAGGAGGAUUGUCAGCGCUAGACCUCUGAGCUCCAAAGAACGGAGAUGAGACAGAAUCCAGAUUGCUCCCUUAAAUCCCAAGUAGUAUUGUUUUUUCCACCUUAGAGUCCACCCCGCCCCCACUUGUCCCAUAUAUUGAUCGACCGCUUCACCACCGCGUUCCCAGGUUGGAGAGCGUCACAAUGCCCCACUGUUCCCAAUACUCAAGUGGCCGACGGUGGGCAGUCCAGAAGCUGGGACCAGACUCAUUUGCCGGAGGGCACAAUAAGGAGGGACCCUCCAGAGCUCCGAGGGUGAGAUGAGAACCAGUGGAGGGGAGAGGUGCCUUAUAACCGGGCAGUUAGGAACCGACAGAGGCGCCCCCACCUCCAGCUUCCAACUCAGGCGGGGAAACUUCGAGACCUUCCUGUCCACACCUGAUUGACAGGAGGAAGCUGUCGCGGCCCAGCAGGCGAGUGUGCGUGUGCAGAGGUGGAGACAGAACCUAAAAGAACGCAGAGCCGCCAGGGCUUGCCCUCCUGGACGGUAGGGGUCUGCGUGUUCUGGUGCCACCUACUCCGCCCGGCUGCCUGCUGGGUCCUCCAAGCCUGACACCCCCCAGCCAGGAGGGGAUCACGGAGUGUGUCCCCCGCCCCGGCUGCUGCCUGCCGGGAGGGGGCGGGGAAGCCGGGAGCCCCGAGCGCCACUUCUCCGGCAGCGUCAGUUUCACCCAGGACUGGCUAGCGGUUCCCUCGCGGCUCUGCGCGGAGGUCCGCCUCCUCUCUUCCCUCCGCCAUCCCGCGCGCUGCCUCCGCCUCCUUCCUCUGCUUCCACCCUCAACCCCCUCCCCGCCUGACUGAGGGAGCUAGCUCUCAGUCCGCCCGAGCUCCGGUGGUGGGCGCUGGACAAGUCCAAGGCGCCUCCUCCCGAUAUGGACAGCCGCUACACCAGCACUGCGGGCAUCGGGGACUUGAACCAGCUGAGCGCCGCCAUCCCGGCCACGCGGGUGGAGGUGUCCGUGUCCUGCAGAAAUCUUCUUGACAGAGACACAUUUUCUAAAUCUGAUCCGAUUUGUGUCUUAUAUGUACAAGGAGUUGGAAAUAAAGAAUGGAGAGAGUUUGGAAGAACUGAAGUAAUUGAUAAUACUUUAAACCCUGAUUUUGUAAGAAAGUUUAUUUUGGACUACUUUUUUGAAGAAAGAGAAAAUCUUCGUUUUGACUUGUAUGAUGUUGAUUCAAAGAGCCCUAACUUAUCCAAACAUGACUUUCUGGGACAAGUGUUUUGUACAUUGGGAGAGAUUGUUGGUUCACAGGGAAGUCGCCUGGAAAAACCAAUAGUAGGAAUUCCAGGGAAGAAAUGUGGUAUAAUCAUACUUACGGCAGAAGAAUUAAACUGUUGCAGGGAUGCUGUUUUGAUGCAAUUUUGUGCAAACAAAUUGGACAAGAAGGACUUCUUUGGAAAAUCAGAUCCUUUCCUUGUAUUUUAUCGAAGUAAUGAAGAUGGCAGUUUUACAAUUUGUCAUAAAACAGAAGUUGUCAAAAACACUCUGAAUCCGGUAUGGCAAGCAUUCAAGAUCUCAGUCAGAGCAUUAUGUAAUGGAGAUUAUGACAGAACAAUCAAAGUAGAGGUGUAUGACUGGGAUCGGGAUGGGAGUCAUGAUUUCAUUGGGGAAUUUACAACAAGCUAUAGGGAACUUUCUAGAGGCCAGUCACAAUUCAAUGUAUAUGAGGUGGUGAAUCCCAAAAAGAAAGGAAAAAAGAAAAAAUACACUAAUUCUGGAACAGUAACUUUACUCUCUUUCUUGGUAGAAACAGAAGUUUCAUUCCUUGACUACAUUAAGGGAGGGACGCAAAUCAAUUUCACAGUGGCUAUUGACUUUACAGCAUCAAACGGCAACCCUGCUCAGCCCACUUCCCUCCACUACAUGAAUCCUUACCAGCUGAAUGCCUAUGGUAUGGCACUGAAAGCAGUGGGAGAAAUUGUUCAAGAUUAUGACAGUGAUAAAAUGUUUCCAGCUCUAGGUUUUGGUGCAAAACUGCCUCCAGAUGGAAGGAUAUCUCAUGAAUUUGCUUUGAAUGGGAACCCUCAAAACCCCUACUGUGAUGGCAUUGAAGGGGUCAUGGAGGCUUAUUACAGGAGUCUGAAAUCUGUACAACUAUAUGGGCCCACCAACUUUGCUCCUGUGAUUAAUCAUGUAGCAAGAUAUGCUUCUUCUGUAAAGGAUGGCUCCCAGUAUUUUGUGCUUCUGAUUGUUACAGAUGGUGUUAUCUCAGAUAUGGCCCAGACUAAGGAGUCCAUAGUUAAUGCCUCAAAACUUCCAAUGUCAAUAAUUAUAGUAGGUGUUGGACCAGCAGAAUUUGAUGCAAUGGUUGAAUUGGAUGGAGAUGAUGUAAGAGUCUCCUCUAGAGGAAAAUAUGCUGAAAGAGACAUUGUUCAGUUUGUGCCAUUCAGGGAUUAUAUUGACAGAAGCGGAAACCAUAUAUUGAGCAUGGCUAGAUUGGCUAAAGACGUCCUAGCUGAGAUCCCUGAGCAGUUUCUCUCCUAUAUGAGAGCCCGAGGAAUCAAGCCAUCACCUGCGCCUCCCCCAUACACCCCACCUACACAUGUGUUACAGACUCAAAUAUGACUGCACUCUCAAAUGCUAAUGUCAACUACACAUCAGUUAGAACUGCUCAGUUAAUGCUUUGUGCCUGGUACUCUGUAAUGAACCAGGCAAUGGGAUACUUUUCUCAGUUUGGUUUCAGCAGUACUGGUUAAUGUGCUUUCUUGGAUCCAAAAUUCUCUUCCUAAACCAAAACUGUAAAUAUGGUUGUUGCAUGAGCAACAGAAAAAUUGUUUAAAUGCUUGAAGCAGAGUAUGGAUGUCUUACCUAAUUUCUUUUUUUUUUU